AUGCCAUCCAGCCGACUCCUGACAGCUCCACAAGGCUCGCAGCUGUCUGGGGGUGUCCGGAUUUGGGUGCAGACCAGAACUCACAGCUCCGUUGUAGGGAAAAUCGGCAUCUUCAUGGGGACACCAUCUCCGGCGGUCCGGAUGAAGCAAGUAGAUAUUCCGGGAUUGGUGAGCAGCGUGUCGAGAAUGCUGAGCAUCGCAGCGUCGAGCGCGUGUGCUUCUCGCCAUCUCAUGACUGCCAGCCCCAACCGACUCGCUCUGCCCCCGACAAGCCCACAGAACACAGCCAUCUUCCAGCGAGAUCCAUCCGAGUGCAGUGUGCCUUGGCUUGAUCAGUUGACCCGGUCUCAGUCUCCCUCGGAUCGAUUGCAGGCGUUCGGCUUUCGCUCCCAGUACACGCCAAAAGAAGCAGCAGGAAGAAGGCCGCCCGCUGAGAAGCGGAAAACUCAAUCCCCGUCCACAAGCGCUACAGCUCCACAGCGUGCUCGUCAUCGCUACCCCGGCCGCCAGGAGAAGAAUUAA